AUUGUCAGAUGGCAGCAGUGCUGAUAUUAAAUCAGUUUAAAUAACACCGGUGACAAAAUCUUGAUAGGUUAUCUAUCAUGGAUAAGAUUUUACAAUUUCAAUAAAAAAUAAAUUAAUAGGUACAAUGGCCCUUUCAUUGGAAAAUGUCACAGACAAGGAACCAGAGGAUCCGAUUCGAUGCAUAUUUUUCGCAGAAUUUCAUCAUAUAGCAGGACCUAAAAUCACAUGCCAGGUACCCGAUAAUUACAUAUCUAAAGACAUCUUUGACAAUGUUAGUGUUUACGUCAUACCAAAGGCACAAUUACAAAGAAGUACUAUUACAAUCACACUGAAGGACUAUAAAAUCUUGGGCUUCCCCGUGAAGAUUGACGAUAAAAAGUAUGCAAGAAACGCGUUUUACUUCAACUUGUGUUUUGUCUGUGAUGCAAAUGCUCGUACUGUCCACUAUGAACCAGUGGUGAAGAAGAUGUCAGAUUUUUUAAUGGCUUUGGAAGUAGAAAAUUGUUUUUUAUCUGCCUCAGAUGAUAAAACUAGAUUGGCAGAGAUGCUUGCACAAGUUAUGCAGGAUUUAAAUCUACACAAAAUGAGUACAUUAACUGAAGGGUCAAUGACAUCUCAUUUGAAAGUUGUGAGGUUGGCGCCUGAGCCAAAGCCAGUUCUUGAUCAUCAGGUCCCAAUAUUUUUGGAAGACAGAGAAUCAUUCCAGAGUGAUCAGUGGGAUUUGACCACACAACAAGUAUUGCCUUACAUUGAUGGCUUUAAUCAUGUUGCGCGUAUAGCAGCUGAGGCUGAUGUGGAAAAUAAUCUAGUAAAAAGCUGCGUGCAAAAUCUUGUAUAUUAUGGAGUUGUAACUUUGAUUCCAAUAUUUCAGUAUAGCAACGUCUAUGCUGUAACGCCAAAAUUACUAAAAUUGCCAGACGAUGUAAAAUUACAAGAGAGAUGUAUAGCAUACGCUUCUAAGCUAGCCAGACAACCCGCACAUUUUAGGGAUAUAUACCGUAUGUAUUCAAGUAUGACUUACGGUGUCACUAUGAAAGAUUUGUGUCAGCGUCUCAAUCCACAAAACUUGAGAAUAAAUGAGAGAAAGUUGGUACAAUUUGGUUUGAUUGAGGGACUCAUUAGAAGGGUAUACAAUUAUCCUGUACUUCGCCCUGGCGCAUCUUGCAGCGAAGAAGCGAAAAACAAUCCAAUUUAUAAGUAUUUUACAGGUACGUACAGCCUCGAUGAAAUAUGUUGUAGCACGGGACAGUCUGCCGCGCAAAUUGAAGAUAUCAUCGAGCGCGAUUCGAAUGUUCUAAUGAUAUGGAAGUGACGUAUCAUAAAAAAACUAAAGACUGUAAAACUAAUGAAUAAAUUCGAUAAAUUUGUACAUAUUUACAAAAAAAUUGCGUGCGUAUGUGUAUGUAUGUGUAUCACACAUAAUCACACAUAAUUUAUUUGUACACAUAUACACACAUACACAUAUAUUUAUAAAAUAAAUUAUAUAUAUGUAUAUAUAAUUACACGCAUGCAACACAUAAUCACAUACAAACAUGAUACUACAUGUAUAUAAUACAAACACAAUUACGAAGAAUAAAGCUACACUAAAGUUGUAAUCAAAUGCUAAAUCUUUUUCAAAUCUUUUACAUUGUUUACCACGUAUAUGUAUUUGUAAUAUAUGUAUGUAAUAUGAAAUAAAAAAAAUAUGUGAUUUAUCAUUUUUUAAACUAGA